AUGACAGUCCAGUACAACCAAGACGUCCUCACGGGAGGACCAGUAGUCUUCCUACGCCUGCUACUUCGAUGGAGGGGUUGCGUGCUGAAGUUAAUCUACGUGGACCUCAUCGUAUUCCUUGUGGCCUAUACUGUUCUCAGUCUGGUCUAUCGCUUUGCCCUGAAUGCGGAACAGCAAAGAGCAUUUGAAAGUGUAAUCCUCUACGUCGCCAACUUCCAGCGUAUGAUUCCCAUCUCCUUCAUCCUCGGAUUUUACGUCCAGCUGGUGUUUAAUCGCUUUUGGGAGCAAUUUAACUCAGUGCCUUGGGUUUUUAAUGCCUGUAUCGCGAUAACAGCCACCAUCCCGGGUGAUGGGCGGGCGCAGUGUAUUCGGCGCACCUGCAUAAGGUACAUGAACGCCAGCCUUAUCAUUGCCUCGUCAAGACUGCAUGUGGCGGCACGCAAACGUUUUCCCACUACUCAGCAUCUCGUGCAAGCGGGUAAGCUCUUAAGAUUGUGUAACUAA